CAAUAUGGCGGCCCACUGCAGCCAAGAUGAACAAAAACAGAUUAUGAGGCAGCGGCUGUUAGAACUUGAAAGAAAACAUGCGAAGGCCUUGAGAAAACUUAAGAGAGCUGAGAUUACAAAGCAAAGGCGGCAAACCUUUGGUGGUUUCACAGUCCAAGAGGAGACCACAUACGGUGAUGCUCAAAACAGAUCCAGUAUUUUACUUUCUCGUGAAUCAUUUUCUCCCGGAGACGCAAAUUCAAGUUCCCUUUCAGCUUACAAGAAAGGAGUCUGUAAAACUGUGACAUUUAGGGAUGUUGUAGAGACUCAUCAGCAACCACUUUGUGAGAGGAAAUUAGAAAAUAAAAAUGAGAUAGAUGUGGCUUCCAGUGGAACGUCCAAACAAAGAUCUGCCCUUGUGGAAUCGUGCAAACAAAAUGAGAAUGUCAGUAAAAUAGCACAGAUUUGUGUUGGGAACAACAAUAUUCAUGGUUUUGAAACAGACAAUGUGUGGGUCACAUCAUGCAAUGAUGAUAUUGCAUUAUGUGACAAUGCAGUGCUUCCUGAAAACAGUACAGUAAUAUCAGAGCACAAAGAUUUUUCCAAGAGUGAGGUUGACCAAGGCCAAACUUUAAGAAAUGCUGCUUGUUCUUGUGGAAAUGAGGAUGUACAAAUUCCUUCAAGGAACAAUGAAAACAGUGAAUCAACAAAUGUAAUUUAUUUUGAUAAUUGUGGAAAAGAAAUGACUGCAGCCUCUGAAGUAGUUGAACCUCUAAGUAUAGGAACUGUAUCAGUUUUUAAUUCAGAUGCCCUUAACAAUGAAGGCAUACAGGAAUGUUUGGCUAAAGGUGAAGCUUCUGAAAAAGCAGCUGAGGCACCUGAAAAGAAAAAUAGUAUUAGCUGCUCCACUGUUCAUGAAAAUGGAAGUUCAUCUUUAGAAAGCAGGCAUUGGAUGCAUCUAUUUGAAGAAGAGUUUCCAAGGAGAUCUCCAAGACUACAUUCCACACCCUGCUUUGGAAAGCAAUCACUUGUUUCCAAGGAUUGUUAUUCUACACAAUCAAAGAAAACAAAAUCAUACAGAUCAAAACAGUCUAGUCCAAAAAAAGGAAUCAAUUCACAAAGCAAAAGUAAAACCAUGAAAUGCAGUGCAGAACAAUCAUCAGUUACUUUGAAAGACAAUUCACACGAACAAAGUUUGUCCAAGGGUUUUGUGUUCCCAAGACCCUCCUUAGAUAAGGCAAAACCUGGUGGUCCUCUGGGUAUCAUUGUAGACUUUUCUUUGCCUGAUAAAGAGUUUGCAAAGUUGAAACUUGCAAAAAUCAAAGCUGCUUUGCCAGCUGAGAGGAUCAGCGGAGAAGUAAAUAACAAAAGUAUUGUAAAGGUGAAAGAACAUGACACUAUGCCAAAGAGAGAGAAGGCUUUACAGGAGUUGAGUGGUGGUGAAAUCAAAGAAGACUGUUCUCACAAUUUUAUUAAUUCAUCAAUAGUAUCUUCAAUGCAAUUUGAUAGCACAAGUAAACCUGAUGAAUUGGAAAGUGUCUCUAUUACAGACACCUCAGACAGAAAGAGUAUCAAUCAAGCGCCACAAUUCAUUUCCACAUCUGGAAACUUAGAGAGUCAAAAAAAUUCAGAGCAUUGUGUAAAUCAGUUCCCAUCAAGUCCAAAACACCAAUAUGAUCUUCAGUUGAAACAUGAGCAAAUGAAUAAUAGUGAAGUAGACUUCUCUCCAAGGGAAACAUUGCAAGAAAAUCCUAUAAUAGGUGUAAAGCCUUGUUUACCUUAUCAGGUAGAUGAAAAGUCAGUCAGUGAAGUAAACAUUGGGGAAGAAACAUGCAGUAUUACACACUCAACUUGUGAUAUUCCUCUUAAGGAUGGUGUUGAUGAUAAAAUUGAUGUUGUAAGUGACAGCGGUGAUGAAAACAACAAAGAGAUUAUGGAUACCUCAGACCUUGAUGAUGGAGCAUUGGAUAAAAAUUUUCCACAUCAGUGUGGUCAUGAGGGACCAAAAUUAUGUAAAGAAAUUUCCAAUGAUAGGCAGCCUAAAUUUGCUUCCAAUUCUCCUGAAAAAGAUGGUGUGAAGGAAACUAAAGCUAGAAAAGUUUCAUGUGAAGCUGAUUCAGUCAUUUACAGAAGUCAACUAAGUUUACUUCAUUUAGAAGAACAAAUAUUAAGUCCAUCAUGUCCUGAACCUAGUGUUGGUGAACAAGCUACUCCUCAUGGAAAAAUGACUGAGCCUUUAGAGAGCUCACAGUCAUCCUGUUUAAGAUCACCAGAGGAUCAAUCAGAACUGACUCCCAUGCUGAUGAUGGCCUGCUUACAGCAUCAUAUGGAGGGUGAAUGCAAUGUUGUCAGGUCUGUUUCUCUGUCAUCAUAUGAGCCAGCAAGUGGGAAAGAUGUAACAGUACCAAAGAUGAAGAGAGAUGUUCUGGCAGUUUGUCUGGCUCAUUUAAUCGUCAUCUGGACAGUUGUACCUGGAUUGCAAUGGAAUGUACUUUACAAAUGGAGUCUUCCUUCUAAUGGAGGGGAGGAGUUUGUGAGUGUUCAAGUUGUGCCAAGGAAUUCUCAUGUUGUCCUUUUGGUUGGAGGGAAUUUCUGUGGAGGCAAUGGGAGAAUUCUUGGUUACUCAGAUGAUGGAGACUAUUCUUUGGAUUUGAAACAUGAUGACACUUUGAGUAACAAGCACAAAUUUUCAACCAUGUGCUUACUGUCUGAUUCAUGGGAAAAGGAGAAUACCAAGGACAUUGAGUUUGUUAUCGCAAACAGGGAAUCUUCUGAAGUAGCCUUGACAAAGUGGACGCUGGAUAGUUUCUGCUUGGUAAUUAAACAAAGGCAGUAUUUUACUCCAAUAAUCACUGAAAGUGAACUUUCAUCAAUCCAAUCCGUUGAAGGUAGUCACUGCCUUCUCUUGGGCACAACGCAGGAUCAACUCUUACUGUGGAAUCACAAGACAUGCCAGGAGUUACGAACCAUAAGUCUCCGUACCCAAGGUCUUGGUCAGUUGUUUUGCCUUAAAGCGUCUACUGAAAGGGGGCUUCUUUUUCUUAUGAUGGCUGGUCGAUCAGGAAAGGAAAUUCAAUGUGGAGAAAGAAAUUAUUCUUGUUUGUUACUUGCUUUGAAUCCAAAAACAUCCCAAAUGGUAUGCCUGGAACGCUUUUUUCCAAUAGAUGGGUUCCACACGAUAGGCACUAACGGUCAGUAUAUCGCAGCAGGAGGUCAGGCCACAGGUGAGGUGAACCUGUGGAACAUCACCAAAAGUCGAAGGCUUGCUUCGAUGAAAGUGUUUCAAGAUAAAGUGAGCAGUGUUGGAUUUCAUCGGGACUGGCCUGUUGUAGCCUUUGGUAGUGCCAGUGGCUGUGUUCAUUUGUUCUCUAUUGGUUGAAGACAAGCUGGCUACUCUCCUGAAAACUCGAAAAACUGAACCGAAUUGCAAAUAUGUUUGGAAGUUAUUUUGGGUAUCAAAAUAUUGGUUCUGACACCACUUUACUUCUACUGAAUUGACAUACAUUUGAUAAAAUGUAAAACUGCCAAGUUUAUUAGAAAUGUGAAGGAGAUAGGCCAUACAUUAGUU